GGCAUGUGGAGACUUUGUUUGUAAGCUUGUAGGAGACAGUGAAACGCAGCAUAUUCAUAAUGAGGCAGAUUGAGGGGCACAUUGCAGAGCGCAUCACAUUAUAUCCUUUUUGAGAUCUUGUGUUAUACCGUAUGGGUGCUUUAACCAUUUGCUAAUCCCUCCCAGUUAGUGAAGCAAGCAACUGAUUAAGUUUCCAAGUAGCAACGAAAGCAGAUCCUUUUUUUUAAAAAAAAGCCUUAAUUAAAUCCUGAAAUCUAUCGAAACCUUUAUUGGCGUUGCGUUAUUUCUAGUGUUGCGUUUUUCCCACACAAAUGAUACCGAAACGGACCUAUUUUCGGGUCGGGUCGGGUUAAACAUUUCGCAGGCAGAACCGGUUAUUUCUCCCAUUAAUUUAUUUAUGGGAAAAACGUGUUUUUCUCUUCAUUAGUUCAAGUCAGGUCAGGUCUUCUUGCUGCAAACCCCUCCGUGGGAAGCCUUUCAACAAUCAGAAGAAAUUCUUCAUUUUUUUUUUCCAAUUCGUCGCUUUUUCCGAAGAAGAAUAAGAAACAGACGGAGAAGAAGAAAGCCCAAUUAUCAGGAAGACCUAGUCUCAUUUGGGUUUGGACCCGAAUACCCGGAAAUGAAGGGAGGUGGGAAGAAGAAGACCCAGGCGGUGAACGACACCGUCGAGGCCGAGACGGCGGGGGGAAACGCUAGCGACAGCAAGAAGAGGGCCGUCUUCGGCGCCGGAGAAGACGGCGGCGGAGGAAGAGGUGGUGACGGUGGGGAGUUGGUUCUUCGCGGGGUGGGUAAUGAUGAACGUAAGGAGGAUGGGGCAGAAGAAGGGGAAGGAGAAGAAGCUGAAGAUGGCGAAGAUGAUGGUGCAGAAGACGAAGAAGGAGGGCAAGAGGAAAGGCCGAAGCUAGACGAAGGGUUCUUCGAAAUCGAAGCUAUUCGUCGUAAGAGAGUUAGAAAAGGCAAGCUACAGUAUCUUAUUAAAUGGCGUGGAUGGCCCGAAACUGCAAACACUUGGGAGCCUUUGGAGAACCUCCAAUCUUGCUCUGAUUUUAUCGAUGCAUUUGAGGAAAGCCUGCGACCAGGAAAGCAAGGUAGGAAGCGGAAACGCAAAUCCGGAUGGCUUCAAUCCCACACAAAGAAGAAGCAGCAGCAGCAACCUCGUCCAAUUUCCACUUCUCGUGAUGAUGGUAUGGGCGUUCUAACUGUUGCCAUUGACAAAUCUCCAUCUUCUACAUCUCCAAAGAACUCUACUAUUCCCGACAUUGCGGCACCGACAGACCUCAAUGGUCCGACUCAAAAAGAAGAUCGGGAAGUGAAAAAAACCUACGUAGACAACAACCAAGUCGAUGAAGACAGUGGCAGUGGUGAUGCAGACCAGAUCAGUUCGAAGAAAGAGGAGAAAGAAUACGAUCCCACACUUAAUGAACUCAGAGGACCGGUGUCUCGUAGUGAGGUCCGUGCAAAUAACUCUGUGGGGUGUUCCCAUGGUGGUGCCAUUGGUUCUGAAGGUGAUGUUCCGAGAAACGGGUUUGUCAAGGCUGGUCCUAAGGAGGCUGGUAAGGGCAGUCGGUGCAUAGGGGCCAAGAGAAGAAAGUCCGGUUCCGUGAAAAGAUUUAAACAAGAUGAUACCGUGAGUGACCCUAACAAGAAUCCGGAUCUUGCUCGUGAUUUGAUUAGAUUGGAUUCUUUUGGCGCAAUUUCGAGGCUAGGGACCGAGUAUAAUGGCAUGAUGGAAAAUAGUUUGUCCCAGAGAACCAAGAUGGAAGAGGUGAAUAUAACAAAGAUACUCAAGCCGAUGAGUUUUUCAGCGUCUGUAUCAGACAAUGUUCAGGAUGUGUUCGUGACCUUCAUGGCACUACGGUCUGAUGGGGAAGAAGUGAUGGUGGACAACAGAUUUCUAAAGGCUCACAACCCUCUUCUGUUGAUCGACUUCUACGAGCAGCAUCUCAAGUACAAUCCUACUUCUUCUUGAUUUAUAUGUAUUACACGGAAUAAAAUAGGUAAGAAAAUUGUUUGUACACAGCAUUGCAAUUCUGUAGGUAGGUUAGGGUUUUCUUCUUCUUUGUGUGUAGCUAUGAUUUGUAGGUGUUGUUCCACGUCUCUGCGUUCUUAAGAUGAGAUCAUCCCUAUGCUUUAUAACGGUUCACUCUACAUGCUAUUGAUCUUUUCAUCAA